AUGUUCAACCCACGUCAUGACUGGUGUGGCCAUCAAGACUUAAUCCGACUUCACACUGUGGGUCUGGAGGGCUAUGAUGCCGUCGCCUACUACGAUGCGGACUGCGAAUUUCAGGGCGACAUUUUACCAGUCCUUCGAUGUGCCGCGACAGGCAAGUUUCUCAGCACCAACGGCGGUGUCGGAGAAGCACUCAAUAUUGGAUUCAUUGCCCUUCGGCCGAGCGCGAAGCUCUUAGAGGCUGCGUUGAUCUUUGCCCGAACCAACAACUUCACCGUGAAAGAUGGUUGGGGCCACACUGGAUGGAAGCCUUGUGGUGGCUACUACGUGGGCGGUGAGUGCGGGCAAGGUUUCUUCUACAGCCUCUACUACUCCAACAGCAAGGCUGCACAGAAGGCCUUGGAAACAGCUGGUGCGGACAAGAACAUCUUUGAAGCUGCACAGAUCGACCGAUGCUUGUGGAACUACCAGACCAGCUAUCAGUGCAGGCAAGACUUUGACUGUGAGCGUGUGCGGGUGCAUCACAAGCCGACCAAGGAACGUGGAACCGACCGGAAUGAGUGCGAGAAGCUCAAGUACCGGCAGCGCCGAAAGGAGCUGGCGAAGAAGAAGCGGGAUGCCCGUGCACCACCCAGCGCGGCAGAGCUGCAAGCCGCCAAAGAAGGAACCUUGCUCCGGCACUUUGCCGGGAUGUGCGUACGGUCCAACGAUGUGGAUGGCCUGUUGCUUCUGCAAGAAUGCGACUCCGAGCCGCAGCUGAACAUCCGUUUGGUGCACCACCUCGGGAACGACGAGGAGGAUGCAGAGUCUCUGGGAGAGGUCUUCGUGCGCUUGGGCCACAGCUGCGCACAUCCCCAAGGCGACGAAGACGAGGAGACGGCGCCCGCGGAGCCGCGCUUGCAGCUGGCGCCCUGUGAUUCCAAGGACCACAACUUCAUUUUCCGACGGCUCAAGGCACGGUUUUUGUCCGGCUUCAUCUUGGAACACAAGGCUUCCAGGAGAUGCGUGCACCCGUUCGAGGGCCAGGAUCGUCCCAGGGAGGGCACCGAGCUCCUCCUGCACUCCGAUUGCAGCACCGGGCGCAAGGCCUUGACCUUCCGAUCGGAACUCACCAAGGUGAUUCAAGCUGCACCUCGGGAGCUGAUCCGGGUGGAAUUGGUGCCGGAGGAGGAACCGUGUGAACCCAUGGCAGAGCACCCGCAGAGCUCCCGGCCUGGAAAACCGUGUCGCUUGGCAUCGCGCAUGGCAUGGAACCUGUCAAUAUCCUUUAAUUACACGUUGACACUGCGCAAUGGUCAACAUGCGAAGAACAGCUUGCCACCAGCAAAGGUCUGGCCCUACAAGGUGAAAACCUCCUGGCGCAUUGAUUUGGGACAGAGGAUUUUGAAGGCCGUCACACCACAGAUCACUGAGGAGAUGUGCGAGGGUUUCCACCUCUUCGGAGAUGUGACCUGGUGCCAGAAGGCCUUUACGGCACCGCCCACGGCGCUGGUGGGAUUGUCCUAUGGGAUUGAACUGCGGGACAUUUGGAGCGAGCUGAUGAGCCAGAAGGGCUUGCACACAAAGCUCUAUGAUUGCUUCAUCCCUCCAGACAAGUCCACACCAAUCAGUGGCAAAGCACCCAAUGGCACCAAGAAGUGCAAGGGUGUAGAGAACAAGCCAUGCUAUAGCGCCACCUACGAGAGCUACAGGAUUUGCCUCGGGGCAGAGGCCAAAGUUGAAGAAGGAAGGCGCUUCGAGACCUUGCUGCCGCACUUGACUCCUUAUCCGCCUUUGUCCGUGCACCUUAAGAUUGAUACAGAAGGCUCGGAAUGGACGGUGCUCGAGCAGCUGAUGGAGAGUCCGGAGAAGAGCAAGAUCAGGACUUUGGAUAUGGAAGUUCACUUCGGCUGGGACAAUCAAGGAAACCUUGCGCACACGAGGAACCUUGGUGAUGUCAAAAGUGAGCUAGGAAGACUCCAACGUCGCCCAAAGAUGCCCAAAUGA